GGUACCUGUUAAACUAACUUUAAACAAAGUGUUACUCACUCAUGCGUGGUUAUCGCUUGUGUUUUUAAACUUAUUGUAUUUAUAUUCGCACCUUGGUAACUUUUGAGCUGCUGACUAUGGCCACUCGUGUUCGACCGAGUAAUAAGCGCUGUGCAGUCAUCGGGGGAUCAGGGUUCCUGGGCAGACACUUGGUGGAGAAGCUCCUGGAUCGUGGCUACACAGUGUCCGUGUUUGACAUCCGACAGACCUACGAGCUACCCGGUGUCGCCUUCUACCAGGGAGACCUCUGCGACAUACAGGCUCUGCAGCUAGCCCUGAAGGGUGUGUCCCUUGUCUUCCACUGCGCUUCUCCAUCACCUGCUAGUGAUGACAGGCGACUUUUUGAAAGGGUCAACAUUCAGGGCACGAGGACAGUCAUUCAGGCGUGCGCUGAAGCUGGUGUACAGAAAUUGGUGCUGACCAGUAGUGCCAGUGUGGUGUUUGAGGGGGUCCACAUAAAGAACGGCAGAGAAGAUUUACCAUAUGCCAAGAAGCCUAUCGACUACUACACAGAGACCAAGAUUGAACAAGAGAAGUUGGUCCUGGAGGCUUGUGACAAGCAGAAGGGUUUCCUCACAGUUGCCAUCCGACCUCAUGGCAUCUUCGGACCCCGGGACCCACAGCUGGUCCCCAUCCUGGUGGACACAGCUCGCAGGGGCAAGAUGAAGUUCAUCAUUGGUGACGGCACCAAUCUGGUGGAUUUCACAUUUGUGGAGAACGUGGUUCAUGGACACAUCCUAGCUGCCGAGCACUUGAGGCCCGACUCUCCCAUAUGUGGAAAACCUUACCAUAUCACCAAUGACGAACCGGUUCGCUUUUGGGACUUCAUGUCGGACGUGUUGAUCGGUCUGGGUUACGCCGCUCCACGCUACCACCUCCCCUACACUUUUGUGUACGGACUUGCCCUCCUGCUUUGGCUGCUGGCUCUCGUGCUACGCCCCCUGGUGUCCUUCAAGCCCACCUUCACGCCAAUGAGGGUGGCUCUGGCUGGAACCCACCACUACUACAGCUGUGAGCGGGCCAAACAGGACAUGGGCUAUAAACCUGUAGUCGGCCUGAAGGAGGGGAUCGAGCUCACUGUGAAAAGCUAUCCUCAUCUCAGACGCAGUGCUUGAUGGUAGAGGAGUAGUACUAAUAAUUGAGACACGUGCCUGUGAUUUGAAACACUUUUGUGCCUUUUUGAAUUGUAAUGUAACAUUUCCACCAGCAGAUGGCAGUAAUUAGUCCUUCAGACGAGACCUCAUAUAAAACUAACCAAAAAAUAGUGGAUUUACAAAGAUAUAUUUAUAUAUAAAUAUACAGUACAUACAUACACACAGUCAUGGAAAAAAACCCGAAUGUACCCUCAGUUGUACCAGGCAUUAAACUGGAUCAACAAACUGAAGAAACGAGUGGUCUAAUCAUGUAUGUGACACUUAAUGACGCUGUCAGAAGGGUAUUAAUCAACUCUAUGUGGUUGGCUAGAUUAUUCCUACCCUGAUGGAACUCAAACCAAAAUAAACC